CAAAAAUUUCAACAAAAAGAUCAUUGCUCUCUACCUAGUAAUAUUGUUCAAAUUUACCGAAUUACAUUGUGAAUCAAAGCAGAAAAAGUGUUUAAUGUUAAACAAACUACUAUUCGCAUUUGAAUUGAAUGCUUUUGCUCAAUCUUAAGUUUCUACUAACAUCAAAUCACCGUAUACCGUGUGCCAAGACCGAAAAAUGUCAUCCGGAGACGACCGACCCUCCGACUCAAAAACGACUUGGUCUAAAUAUGCCGAGAACGAGUAUGAUCCGAUCCGCGUAGGUUCUAUCGACGGAACCGAUGAAUUCCCCCAUGAUCGAGCGCUUAUUCGUGCGAUGGAAUCCAGAUACAAACCGAACGACAAAGUGGUUGGUGAUUCGUAUCAUACCGUUUUCGUCGGGCGCCUAAACUAUUCAGUCAGUGAAGAACGAAUACGGGAGCUAUUCGAACGUUUCGGAGAGAUUGUUCGCUGUCGACUGGUUCGCGAUAUUGAAACUGGUCUAUCACGAGGAUACGCAUUCGUAGAGUAUAAGAGAAGACGACACGCGAAACGUGCGAUCGUUGAAAUGCACGGCAGAGUAGUCAACGGGAAAGAGAUUCUGGUGGACGAGGAGUGGGAACGACGUCUGAAGAACUGGAAGCCUAGACGGUUGGGUGGUGGAUUCGGUGGAAUGAAGAAAAGUCAGCAGCUUAGGUUCGGUUGCAAAACUCGACCUUGGAAGCAACCAGUCACUUGUCAGAAGUAUUCCAGUAAGAACGAGUUCUUCAGACAAACUAAACAGCAGCGAGAAAUUCUCAGCAAGGUUAGGCUUUCUUAA